AUGUUUUUAAUGUUUUGCAUAUUUUUUGGAAAUAGAUCCUAUUGUUAUGAUCGAACAAACCAAUAUGAUAGGGCCUUAAAAGAUGCUGAAAAAGCUGUUUCCUUAAAAAAAGAUUGGCUUAAAGGAUAUCUUAGAAAAGGGAGAGCACUAGCUGGAUUAAGAAUGUUCUCUGAAGCAGAAGAUGCCUUUACACAAGUUUUGAAAUUAGACAAGAAUUGUGAUGAUGCGGUACAAGAACUUUUACGAGCUAGAAUAUACCAAAUAACAGAAAUGGGUUUCUCUCGAUCUCAAGCUGAAGAAGCGAUAAAAAGGCAUUCCACGGUACAGGCUGCUCUAGAUUCACUUCUGGCAGGUGUCGGUAUAAUGCUCUGGGGGGGUGAAGUUUACGUUUCUGAUGACGAUUCUGGUUUUACGACUCCAUCCCUCCCCAAACCCCAAGCUCAGAAGGACGUCACAAAGAUGGACCCACGUAAUCCUGAGGGACUAACAGCACUAUGGGUCGGAAAUGUUUUGCCAGAUAAAGUAGACGAUAAAAAACUUUUGAAAAUCAUUUCUAGGUGA